AAUGUAGUGAACGUUCUUAUUGUUUUUAUGAAUAGUGAGUGAGGAGGAAAAAAUACCUAUGCUUCUAUUGUUUUUCUCACUAAUGAUACUUGUGUUGCUAAAUAUUAAACAUGGGCGUUGACCGCACAUAAGCUUUAAUAGUUCCAAGAAAAGGAAAAUUAAUGGAACCCAACAACAAUAUAAAGAACAUCCGAUAAUCUAUUAAUCCUUGUGAUCUUUAUGCCUAUUAAAAAUUUUACCACCUAUCAGAAUAUGUUUACAAAACAUUUGUGCCUUGGGCUAAUAUGGCUAAUAACUUUAAGAGCCACUGCUUCUCAGCAACAACUACAGCAACAACAACAACAACAGCAACAGCAAGAUAAUUUCUUUCAACAAAAUCAAUAUUCCACACCCAGCAACUAUGAUGAUCCCUACAAUGGCGCCAAUGUAAAUUUGAAUAAUUUUAGUCAAAACGAUCGCAAUCGCUAUCGCACCGAUGAUUUGGAUAACGAGCCUAGUUUGGCGAAUCGUGGCAAAACUUUGUACAAUAACAAAAAUGCCUUUUUGGAGAUAUAUCAUGCCAAGGAGCCUACUUACUUCAUAGUGGCUUCACGUAUGGUACGUCCAGGACUUAUUUACCAAGUGGCUGUUAAUAUACUGCAAGCUCAAUAUCCUAUGACCAUUCAUGCUGGUAUAUCCUGUGAUGGUGUGCAAAUUAGUGGCGAUUCUAAAGAUGUUAAGGAGGGUAUACCGGAAACUUUGCUAAUGCGAAUACCGCCUACUAGUGUCGGCGGUGAAUAUAAAUUGCGCGUGGAAGGUUUCUAUCAAAACGUAUACGGAGGUUUUGCCUUCUUGAAUGAGACGUAUUUGCAAUUCUCCCAGCGUUCUAUGACUAUAUUUAUACAAACUGAUAAGCCCUUAUACAUGCAGGGCGAAACCGUACGUUUUCGCACAAUACCUAUCACGACCGAAUUGAAAGGUUUCGAUAAUGCCGUUGAUGUGUACAUGUUGGAUCCGAAUCGACAUAUAGUACGACGUUGGUUAUCUAGACAAUCCAACUUAGGCUCUGUUUCCCUAGAGUAUAAGAUUUCCGAUCAGCCAACUUUCGGCGAAUGGACGAUACGAGUUAUUGCCCAGGGGCAACAAGAGGAAGGUCAUUUUACAGUCGAAGAAUAUUAUCAGACUCGGUUUGAAGUUAAUGUUACUAUGCCAGCAUAUUUCUUCAACACUGAUCCUUAUAUCUAUGGUCGAGUUAUGGCCAAUUUUACUAGUGGCGCUCCCGUACGCGGCAAUCUCACUUUGAAGGCGACUAUACGUCCAAUCGGUUACUUUGAUAAUCAAGCUCUCAACGAAAAAUUUCGUUUGGGUAGAUCAUCUUUUCGGUCAACAAAUGCGUAUUACGAUCAGAAUCGUUACAAUAUUCAAUACAAUCCAAAUUCGCCUGAGCAACGAGAAGAGGAUAGAAUAAGAGAAGAGCAAUAUUAUCGUAGUCAAUACGUGAUAGAAAGACUAUAUCAAUUUGAUGAGGAGUGGCCAUUUUGGAUAACAAAGCCGGACGUACAAGAAACUUAUGAUCCUUGGACAGGCGAUUACCGUAAAACACUGCCUUAUUUACGGUAUUUUAAUGGAACAUUCGAUUUUAAAUGGCCAAUGCGGGAAUUGGAAUUAUUAGCACCCAAUUUAGCAGGAAUGGAAGUCCUGAUAACAGCUACCGUGGGUGAAAAGUUUUAUGAUGAAAUAAUUUCAGGCUACAGUAUAGCACGCGUUUACAAUUCUAGUAUAAGAGUAGCUUUUCUUGGUGACAGCCCUCAAGUUUUUAAACCUGCUAUGCCCUUCACCACGUACCUUGUGGUUGAAUAUCAUGAUGGUUCGCCAUUGGAUGAGUAUACCUUAAAGCAUUCCGGGAUUAUGGAAGUCAGCGGAUUUGUGGAGAGCAAAUCUGGAGGACGCAGAGAGUGGCCUGCUCAACGACUAAAUAUGAACCCGCAAACUCCAGGUGUCUGGGAAGUAAAAAUUGACUUGCGUAAUGAUUUGCAGUUAGAUGAUCGGGCCCAAUCCAGAGAUUUUUUGAAUGGUGUUACACAAAUGCGUUUGCAGGCAAACUUUAUAGACUCAAGAGGCGAACGUGCUCAGAAGGAUUUAUUGUUAGUAGGCCAUUAUUCUCCUCGCAAUCAGCAUAUCAAAGUAACUACAAGCACGGAGUCCCCUACCGUGGGGGAAUAUAUCAUUUUUCAUAUACGCACUAAUUUUUUCUUGGAAGAAUUCAGUUACCUAAUUAUGUCGAAAGGUGUUAUAUUAAUGAAUGAUCGGGAAACGAUACGCGAAGGCAUCCGCACCAUUGCCGUAGUGCUAAGUGCUGAAAUGGCACCGGUAGCGACAAUUGUUGUUUGGAAGAUUACACAACAAGGUCAGAUUGUUGCCGACUCGCUAACUUUUCCAGUAAAUGGUAUUUCUCGAAAUAACUUCACUGUUUACAUUAAUAAUCGCAAGGCAAGAACGGGUGAGAAAGUCGAGGUGGCUAUCUUUGGGGAACCCGGUUCCUAUGUAGGACUUUCGGGCAUUGAUAGCGCUUUCUACACCAUGCAAGCAGGCAAUGAAUUGACUUAUGCAAAAAUUAUCACAAAAAUGUCCAAUUUUGAUGAGCAAACCAAUGGCACAUAUAAGCAUAUUUGGAAUUCACAUUCUGGAAAUCCAGAUGAAUUAAUUUAUUUCCCUGCCUCAUCUUUCGGUAUUGAUGCAAACCGCACUUUUGAAUAUAGUGGCUUGAUUGUGUUCACGGAUGGUUAUGUACCGCGCAGAGGCGAAAAUUGCAAUCGUACUCUAGGUUUAGGAGAAUGUUUAUCAGGGCGUUGUUAUCGCUUGGAAAAACAAUGUGAUGGCGUAUUUGACUGCGACGAUGGUACUGAUGAAAUUAGUUGUCGCGCUCGUAAUGACACUGAUCUCUUAAAUUAUCGUAAAUACCGCUUUAAUCGCGUACUGAGGCAUUAUGAGAAUGUUUGGCUUUGGAGAGAUGUAAAUAUCGGACCACACGGACGUUAUAUUUUUAAUGUUGAAGUGCCUGACAUACCCGCUUAUUGGAUGGUUAGCGCAUUCAGCGUAAGUCCUUCCAAGGGCUUCGGUAUGUUGAGCAGGGCGAUUGAAUACGUGGGUGUACAGCCGUUCUUCAUCAAUGUUGAAAUGCCCGAUAAUUGUCGGCAAGGAGAACAAGUAGGCAUAAGAGUGACAGUUUUCAAUUACAUGAUUACAGCUAUUGAGGCCACUGUCGUAUUACACGAUAGCUUGGACUAUAAAUUCGUUCAUGUCGAGGAAGAAGGUAUUGUUCGGUCUUAUAAUCCUCGUACAUCAUUUGGAGAACAUCAAUUCUUUAUAUAUUUGGAAGCUCAGGACUCCACAGUAGUUUAUGUGCCUAUUGUGCCGCAACGUCUUGGCGAUAUACAUGUUACGUUACACGUUGCUACACUUUUAGGCACUGACGAAAUUACGCGGAAACUCCAUGUAGAGUCGGACGGUUUGCCUCAAUAUCGCCACCAAUCAAUUUUACUGGAUCUUUCAAACCGUGCUUACGUCUUUGAAUAUAUGCAUGUAAAUAUUACCCAGACACCGGAGAUUCCCUACCAAGUAGACCGAUACUUCGUUUACGGGUCAAAUAAAGCACGCAUUUCGGUAGUCGGUGAUGUCGUGGGUCCAAUUUUCCCAACGAUGCCUGUGAACGCUACUUCAUUGCUUCAUUUGCCCAUGGAAUCAGCCGAACAAAAUGCGUUCUCUUUCGCCGCAAAUGUUUACACACUUCUAUAUAUGCGCCUGAUUAACCAGCGAAAUAAGACUCUGGAGAAACAAGCUUUUUACCAUAUGAACAUCGCUUACCAACGUCAGUUGAGUUUCAUGAAAUCGGACGGAUCAUAUGCUUCGUUUCGCUCGGAUUGGAAUAAUUCAGAUUCCUCCGUGUGGCUAACUGCAUAUUGUGUGCGCAUUUUCCAAGAGGCGUCAUUCUACGAAUGGGAAAACUUUAUCUACAUAGAUCCUACUAUCAUUGAGAAAAACAUACGAUGGCUGCUGCAACAUCAGACGUCUGAAGGCGGCUUUUAUGAAAUAACCUGGUCGCCGGAUCGCAAGAUGAAUCGUACAAAUUUCGCAAAUCAUACCUUUUUGCAAAACCGUAAUAUUACUUUAACGUCGCAUGUUCUAAUUACAUUGGCUACGGUUAAAGACUUAUCAGGCUCCCUAGGAGCACGAGUAGCACUGGCUCAGCAGCGCGCCAUUUCUUGGAUUGAGCGCAAUAUGCAGUUUUUACAAGACACCAAGGAGCCGUAUGAUGUAGCAAUUACCGCUUAUGCUCUACUAUUGUGUGGAUCGCCCAUGGCUGAGCAUGUUUUCAGUAUUUUAAGAACACAUGCUCGCAUUGUAGGGGACUAUAUGUACUGGGGUUAUAAAGAGUUACCUGAUCCGCCAAAAAAAUUAGAAAAUCAAAAGUUGUUUUCACUGCCCAGACUGCCGUACGAGUAUGAUUCAGUGAAUAUCGAGACCACGUCCUAUGCUUUGAUGGUCUAUGUAUCACGACGUGAAUACGUAGUAGAUCCAAUAGCUCGUUGGCUAAAUGCUCAGCGCCUGUAUGACGGUGGUUGGGCUUCAACCCAAGACACCAGCGUAGCGUUACGCGCUUUAGUCGAGUAUACAGUGCAUUCACGCUUACGUGAGGUAUCUUCACUAACCGUAGAAAUAGAAGCCUCAUCAGCGGGAGGUAAACCAAGAACUUUGCAUAUCGAUGACACAAAUUUGGCACAAUUACAAUCGAUUGAGAUACCUGACGCUUGGGGCACUGUUAAAGUGCAGGCCAAAGGUACCGGUUACGCUAUUUUGCAAAUGCAUGCACAAUACAAUGUUGAUAUUGAGAAAUUUCAAACAAAGCCUCCUGUACCUGCAUUCGGUUUGUACACUAAAGCUAUUUUCCAUGGCCGAAAUCAGUCACAUAUUUCAUAUUUAACGUGUCAAAACUGGAUCAAUAUAGAAGAAUCGGAAAGAUCGGGUAUGGCGGUAUUAGAUGUCACCAUACCUACUGGCUAUUGGAUACAGCAGCAAAAACUGGACUCUUACGUAUUAAGCAAUCGAGUACGGAAUUUACGGCGGGCCAAAUAUAUGAAUCAGAAAGUGAUUUUCUACUUUGAUUACUUGGACCAAGAGGAUAUUUGCAUUAAUUUCACUAUAGAACGUUGGUAUCCUGUAGCGAAUAUGUCUCGUUACCUGCCUAUACGAGUUUAUGAAUAUUAUGCGCCAGAACGUUUUAACGAAACCAUAUUCGAUGCUUUGCCUACAUAUUUAUUAAAUAUAUGUGAAGUUUGCGGCAGCUCGCAGUGUCCAUAUUGCUCUAUAUAUAACGUAGGCUGGCGUGCAAGCAUGUCCUUAUUUUUGCUCUUCUUUAGUGCAUUUAUUUCUCUAAUGCGCCAUCAUGAUCAUAUUUCCAUUUUAAAUAUGUUGAAAUUAAUGACAUUCUAGUGAAACUUAAACUCUAUGCUUUCUUUUUUAUAUAUAGUCUCUUCCUUACUCUAUCAUUGUCACCCAAGUGUUAUAAGUCAAAUGUUAACCAAACAUAAUUUUACAUUGCUUGCUAAAUGAACAAAAAUCCGUCCAUUAUUACAUUAAUACUAAGUACAAAAUGUAGCAAAGAUUUUUAUAACCAUAAACUUUUAGAGUGAACCUAUAAAAAAUGAAUUUGCGAAAUUAUUCAACAGAAAAACACAUAGUGUUUUUUUCUGUAAAGAAAGUAACUGAAGCAGGAUGUAUGUAAACGUCUCAAACGAAAACACGAAUAAAAAAAUAUAAUAUUUUAAAAGUGAAUUUCAGAUCAAAACUUAAUUUUGUAUUACAUUCUAAAAAACGCUUUUGUUGAAAAUGGUUUUGUAAUAAAA